AUGCCGACACGGUGUUGCUUGACCGCCUGCUAUUCUGGCGCCCUGCACAUUCCAUUCCGCCGCACUUCCAUAUGCCUCAUCCUUCCUCAUUUCUACGAAGAAGUUCCUUUCUCUGAAAUCUCUCCAUCUCUCGCGAAGUGUCCUUCUUUUGCGAUGGGCUCGUCUUUGAGCGUCCAGAUCGUCAUAUGGUGA